GAAUCAUGGUGCGCAAGAAGAGGAAGACAACCGUCAACUACUUGGUGAAGACGAGAGGUCUGGCCAGUUCCAGCCUUCCGCUGCCUGUGGACAUCCGCGACAUUGACCUGCCGACGGCGGGCUCGGUUCGUCUGGCCAUCUCGACGGCACCCGACACCGCCGCCAACUUGGAGCUCAAUUUGGAGGAAUUGUAUGGGAAUCUCGUGCAAGCCCCAGAUACAUACGCCCAACUUAAAGUACUGCAGCUGUUCCGAUCGCAUCUUAAACUCGUGAUCACGGCGGCCGCCACCAUCCAAACCCUUCCGGACUUGACCCAGACGACAUUCUGGCAGGUGGCACAGGACUCGUGUCGCUUCAUCUUUCGUCUCUACCUUCAUCCGUCCAUGAAAGCCAUGCGCAAGACGAUCUUACCCAUCCUUGACUCGUUGUCGUUGUACGAUGCCACGUUCCCCGCGCUCGUGGCUUCCACGGGCAGCAGCAUUGGAGAUAUCAUCGUGUCCGAAGUAACCCGAUUCCUAGACGUCGUCCUCGCCCAGUCGUACGAACUCGACGCCACCAUCCCGUUGGACCAAAUCCUCGCCCUGUGCGAGUACUCGACGGCCACAGAGUCGCUCUGGGUCCUACACCACACGUUGAAGUCGACGUAUUUGGUCCAGUUGAUCGAGUACUGCAACGACCAACUGCGACUUAUCGCGGCUCCCAUUGUGUCAUACCAUGGCCAGCAUGACGUGGCAGCAGGAGCGUCCAGUACGGACAAUGACGACGACGACACCCAGCCGUCCGAGGUCGUCGUUGCGUCCGAGCGGUGCCUUGGCGUGCUCAAGAGCGUCAUCAUUCUGUGCACGGCGGCGGACAAACCAUCGACGCUGCGUCUGAUGGAUCCAUCAGUCCCUUCCGACUCGUCGUCGCAGUCAUCCCUCGUUGGUAGCUUGGAGCACUUUGUGACUCAAAGCCUCGUGCUGUUGGCCACGUCAGCGGUGCACAAAGACCUGGUGACUACCGUCGGAUUAGCCACGACACUUCUCCUCAAAGUGCAUGUUCUGGAAGCCAAAGUGACCGCGAACGUCGAGCUCACGUACGUGCAAGCCAUGUCGUCGUGGCUGCUGGGCGACGGCAGUUGUUCCCUCCCUUUAAUGCCGUCGGACACGAUGACCAGUCUGUCGGCGAUGCCCAAGCUGGCCUUGUAUCGAGGGUUCCUCAACAGCAUCACAGACCAUUCGUUCUUGUAUCAAGAACCACCAGCCCCAAUUCUGGUGGAAGUGCUUUUCACGACAGUGUUGAGCCACUGCCACAGCGCCCACUUGACGGUUCGCAUGUAUGCAUUCCAAGUGUUGGAGAUGUUCUUGCGUCGCAUCGUCCAGCAACCGGUGCUGGUGCUGACCACCAACACUGUGUAUGCGUUGCUAGACACGAUUCUUCUCAACUGGGAGCAUCCGGCCAAGAAGAUCAACCAGUUUAUGGCGCCCAUGUUCACCCACGUGGUGACCGUGCUCGGCCUGGACGCAGCCUUCGACUGGCCGGCGAUGCUGCGCCGACUGCUGCUGCAACCCGAACAGCAUCGCAGCAAGUACAUCGCGCUGGGCAUCCUUCUCCCGAAACUGGACGCGGUGUCACUGCUCGACCAGCACCCGACUCUGCUGCACGGCGUGCUUUCGGCCGUGGGCAAUCAAGAAGUGGCCGCGUCCGCUGCGUCGCUGUUUGUCCAGCUUCUUGAGGCGCUUCGACGAGCGACAUCAACGACCACACUCACGCCCGACCUCACUGCGUGGAGCAAGUGGUGGGUCGAUGCUGUAGUCGACGCCCUUCUCAACUCAGACACGCACCUCCGUCUCCGCAUUGCUACAUACGUGCUGCCGAUCCUUGUGAAAUCAGAGCCCGCCAGUGUCGCCAUCUUGCUGGAAGCUGCCCGCCUCCGUCCAGACUCGGACGCGAGGCUCUGGACGCUGUUGGAACUGGUCAAGUGCGCGCGAAAGAUCAUGCUGGAGCCGCCGACUUUGACGACGGACGAAAUCAACUUUGGCUUGACCCAUGCGAGCGGAGAUAUUCGCAUGGCAGCGUAUGACAUGCUCUGUACUAGUCUGAAAACCACGUCGCUCCCGUCUGAAUCGGACAUUGCGUUCGUGCAGACGUUUUUGCUGUCGAGUGCCAAGUCCAUUGCAACGUCGCUGCGGAUGAAGCUCAUCAUUGGGCUCAAAGCAACCUUGUUGCGCAUCCGUGAAGGCGCGCGCAAGACGUGCCGACGCGACGUGACCGCCUCCGAGCACCUGGCGUUGCAGUUUCCAGCGUGGCUCGAGGGGUUCGUCGUGAGCUGCAUCACCCCCAGUGCGACCCCCCAACGCCUGACCAUGGGCCUCGAGGUGUUUCAACUGUACACGCAAAUAUUUGACAACCCCCCGUCGCUGCACACGCCCGCGAUAACGAACGCGCUGCUGAACGCCAUGAUCAGCUGCUGGGACCGCGUCCGGACGCUGUCGUAUUCGAUUCUGGAAACGUUUCCGUCGCCCCUGCCGGGCUACGAGCUCGGCCUGGAUACGCUUUUUGACUGGGCAAUGACGCUGUGCUGCAGUCCUCGUCAACGAGAAAGCGACGCCGGAGCCCAUUUCAUGCGGCUCUUGUAUAAACAGCACGUCCACUUGACUUUCCUCCCCUCCCCGCGCACUCCCCAGGCCUGCGUCGCGCACAUCGUGGCCCUCCUCGGCGCUCGCUUGGACGAGUUGGAGACAGUGAAUGCCCCCGGCGAGCCGCCAUUGAUCCAUGGCCUUCUCUUGGCCACUCGGUACAUGCUGGAAGACACGCCGUCCCUCGAUCAUACGUGGCACGCCCCCGUGACAGCGAUCUUUUCUGUGCUCUGGCGGGCGCUGAAUACGGCGUUGGUGGUAGUGGGAGACGCCACGUCCGGCGUCGGAACCCAAGCGCUCGAUGCUGCGUACGCCGUGGUGGGCGAAGUGUCUGCUAUCCCCCCGCUCCGGGCCAAGAUGGACUGCCGCGGGCAUUUGGUUCUGGACGACCCGGACGUGGCCGACGGAGACUCGGCCCAACGCGCGGUUGUUGGAAGCUGGCUCGCGGCUCGAGAGGCGGCUGCCGUCUUGGCCACUCUCGUCAAAGCGGCGUUGAUCACCCCCUCCCUUCUGGAGACCCCCACCACUGCGUCGUCCGUGCAACGUGCCGGGGACGUGCUGCUCAACGCCCUAUUUGAACUCAAACACGGGGGGGCGGUUGCGACCGUGUCCGUGGCCUACGAAGACAUUUGCAAAGCUCUCUUGUCGUCCUCUCCUUCUUUCUCCACCUCCUCGACGGACUCGAUCCGGCGAUCGUUGGCGCUCAGCCCAGCCAAGUGGUGCGACGUGCUCUUGCAUCGUCUGGAACACGCCGAGCAGCAGUUCAUCCUUCGUCGCAGCGCCGGAUUUGCCAGUAGCUUCGUGGCCAUUUUGCGCGCCGAGCCGCGCAAUGCCGCCGCCACGCUGUUGCCCCAUGUCCUCGCGACCCUUUUGCGACUGGCGAGGGACGUGGACACGGUCGAACGUGUGCGAGUGCAUGCGCUGAACAUUUUGAAACUGCUGGGUCAAGACGCCAUCCUUGCCGAAGACGUCGCGGUGUUCGUGCCCGACCUACUCACCGUGGCCGUCCAUGGCUUUGAAUCCAAGUCAUGGGCUGUCCGGAACUCGUCCAUGAUGCUCUUCGCCGCGGCCACACAGCGCGCGAUCGGGGACAAGCAAGUGGCGGACGGCGCUGCUGCCGUCGGCGUGUCGGCACAGGACGUGUUUACGCGGUGCAAGGGCCUGGACACGUUUUUGCUGACGCAUUUGCAAUCGCAAGUGUAUCCGCUGCUGCUGUUUUUGAGCCGCCUUCGUCCGGACGACGUCGCUGACCAGCACUCGGCCGCCACCAUCUCGGAUGUCCUUCCACUCGACACGUUUGUCCCCCUCGUGGUGGCCUGUGCAGGGGAAACCCACAUCUUCCACCGCCGGAUGGCCGCGCACGCGUUGGCGGCCAUCGUUGCGCCGACUUCGAUUCCAGCUGUCGUCGCAACCCUUGUCCAAGCGCUCCAAGGCCCUCGCUACAAGAACAACAAACUGCACGGGUCAAUGCUCCAGCUGCAAGCGUUGGUGGACAAGUAUCAACCACCCAUUUCAAAGACAACGUUAACGUCGACAUGGAUGGACGCAUUGGAUGCCGACUUGGCCGCGGUACUUCCACGGCUGUUGGCCCUGCGUUGUGAUACAAACCGAGGCGUGUUCGUCCAUUUGGCACUGCAAGUCGUGGCGAAAGUGACGGAAAAAUCUGGCAACAAGUCGGCGUUGUGGCCGCUUCUUGUGGCCCACUGCGACGCGGUCAGCUACAUUCAGCCAUCCGCUUCUCCGUCCCCCGGGCACGAUCUGUACCUCCAAGGCGUCGCAUCAUGCCUCGUGCAAGCGGCCCUUGCAGACGAGAAGGCCGCCGAAUCUCUGGUCCGUGGAUUAACCAGCCCCGUGUUUGAACUUCGUCGGAGCACCACCCGUGAGUUCGCAGACCAUUUGCACAUGCUUCCAUGGCAGCAUGCGACCUUUGCUGGCAUUGUUGGUGCGGUGACUGCCCAACUCGUCAACGAGUCGCAUCCACCUACCCGGACCAAGCAGCUGGUGCUGCUUUCCCAGCUCUUGGAAACUAACAGCGAUCACGUUCGAGUCAUGGUGGCCGUGCCAGGUGUGGUCGAUCGCAUUCUGGCGCUCGCGGUGGACUCGAUGGACCCGUUGGCGACCGGACCCGCGGUGGAACUACUCGGACGCGUGAUACUCGUCCAGCCACACGUGUUGCCCUCGUUUGUCGAGCGUGUGGUGGAAUUGAGCGACGAAAACAAACCGUUAGGGGUGCGCCUCGCGGCGGCCAAGAGCUUGCGCGGCUGCAGCGGCAGUGUCCUCCGUCCCCACGACCACAUGGACGUGACCGUGGCCGCAUGGAUUGCUACUUUGGACUUGCUCCAGGACGACGACGUGGGGGUGCGGGAUGUGAUCCGCGUCGCCGCGGUCGAGUCCAUCAACCACCAGGGACUCACCCAGUCGUCCGACAUGUUGGUACUGCCUCGAGCCAUCGAUUUCCUCGCCUCCCACCCGACCCUCGCGGCAUCGACCGUCUUGCGUGACCACGUGCAAGGAACCCUGGAAGCGUGGACCACUGUGGUGCCCUGGCUGGACGAGUGCCUCCAAGACUCGACCCACCUCCUCCUCUGCGAAAAGAUAUUUGAAGCCGAGAGCGGCAACUACUUCAAACAGCCCGCGUUGACCGUGCAACUGUACACGUGGCACUUUGUGCGCACGGGGGUGGUACCUGCCCCACCGUCUAUCCUCCCCCAGGCCAUGGCGGCGCUGCAGCAGUGGCUUAAGUCGGCCACGGUUCAUGCGUGGAUUGGCGGCACCACGUUCUUCCCCGACGUGUUCCCCCGACUGCAUAACCUCCUCGUGGUGGCGGUCGCCGUCGUGCUCGUCCUUGGCCAAGCCCACCCCGAGCUGCAUGGCGUGGCGUCGGCUUUGCUUGCCCACCAAGGGAACAUGCAUCCAUUGGUGCACACUGCGUUGACUGCUUUGAAGGACGCGGCAGCUGAUCCAAAGGCUGUGUCUACGGACAACGCGUUGGCGUCUAUCAUGUACCUCGCUCCAUUUUGGUCGACCAAAUUAGGUCGAAACGUGUAAUUUGAGGAGACAGAUAACUGUAGGGAGAGUCAAUUUAGGAAUUAUUUUGCUUUUCAAUAUUCUUCUUUUCAACACCA